UCGUUUCCCACGUGGGUGUUGAAGUCCCCAGCAGAAUAUCUCAACUCUUGUUUCAACUCUCAUACAAAAGGCAUUUUAUUCUGAUGGCUUUAGAAUAUUAGGCUUAUAAGCUGUAUUCAGAACAGUCACAUUAGUAGGACUGUAAAUGUCAAUAAUUGGGCUGUAAGAUCACUAAUAUUGAGCAUUGUGCCACUAGACGGCACUAAAAUCCCUCAGUUUAAUUUGGUAGUCAAUAAAAUGCUGACAUUUUUGACAUUUUAACAAAAGGGUCCAAAUGUGUUUGCAUGUCAUUGUUGUCUAGUUUGCUCCUUGGGCAAGAACAACACUUGGUGAGGAAGAGCAUAUACGGUCAAGUUAACAUAGAAAAAAGCAACAUAGAGACGUGGUUGUGGCAAGGAAGGAGGGUAAGUGGAGGUUUGAGGCAAGAAGCCAGAGUGCUGCAGAAUAAAAAGGAGAGAGGGACCUGUAGUGGGAGGAGAAAAAUGCAGGCAGGCAGACAUCCAGAUAAUUAUAAAGAAAGAUAGUGUUCCAGACAGUCAGGUAGGUUCGGCAGGCAGUCGGGACCAGUGGGGGUGAAUGCAGGAUGGAGGCAGAGUGGAGUCUGAAGAGAGAGUCAUCCAACACUCUGACCUUUGCUGAGUCAUCUUUUGAAGUGUAACUUUGUGGGUGGAUUGCUCGGCAGCACUUGUCAUGUGCAGCAGGACUCUGGGUGCCCCCAGUGUCUGAGAUCUCUCCGAUCCAUGUUGGAGCUGAAAGCUGAAGGACAGCUACAAGGAGAGCUAAGGAAAAAAAAAUGCUGAUUUUCAUUCUGCUUGUUGUGUGAUACGCAUGGCCACUCAUACUUCUCAGUGGAUAGACAGAAAUGGCAGAGAUGCUGACUCUACGUGAGUUGUCAGAACAAACAUCAAUACAUUUUGCUUGCAGAGAAACUUUUCACUCUCUGUAUCAGUUGGAUAUGUCAUUGUUUAAUUUUGUGUCUUAACUUUCAUCACUAUUAUUACAGGAGGUUCUGCAGGAGUGAGCGUUCCUAUUGGCCACCGGUCCCCUGGUCGGCCCCGGGCAUCCAGCAGUGGAGGUGAGGGUCAUGGCAUAGAGAAUGGGAUCAUCGGCAGCAGAAGAGGCGCCAGAAUCAGAUGCAUGAUGCCAGAUCACUGGGAGCAGGCCUUUAGCGAUCCUGGAGAACUACUUUACAUAGAGCGGGUUGAUAACCAUGGACCAUUUGGCUGAUCCAAUGGAGCCUUGGGUGAAUCACGAAGGAAGAGGGAGUGGCUGCAUAUUAGUGUCUAUUUUUCUCUCAGAAAUUCUUAAAACCAAGCGCAGCCCGAGGAGGACCAGCUGGCUGGGUCCUCGUUCCUCAAGCAGAGAGGCUAACUACAAAAAUGAAUGGUUCACGGACCAGCCCGAGGACCUCCGAGGUUUCCCUGUCCAUGCACACUUGAUCAAGGGCUCCAGAGGGUUUGGUUUCAACAUAGUUGGAGGCAGCAGACCAGGAGAGUUUCUCCAGGUCUACAGUGUGACAGCAAGUGGACCCUCGACUCUUAAGACAGCGGACAUACUCGUGUACAUCAAUGAUGCUUGUGUGCUGGGAAUGUCUCACAAAGAGGCUGUAGAGAUGCUAAAAUCCGUGCCUGUGGGCUGUAGCAUAGACAUAGAGGUGAGAAGAGGGUAUCCAAUGCUCUACAACCCUGACGGUUGUCCUAGGCAUCCCUCACCAAGAUUACUGGACAGUGAGGACCACAAUGUAGCACCUACCACCACCCAGCCCCAACCUCUUCACCAGCUACCUCGCCUUUCAACACCUUCGCCGCAGAGCCAGCAAUUUAACGGGUUCCACAGCAACAGAGGCUACGUGGAACAUGGCGUGACUCUAGAUGCCAAUGGAAAUGCCACAUCUUACGCUUCCAGACUCCCUCCACCAUACAGACGCUCCAGUGUAAGCAAUGCUGCAUCAUUCUCCCCAGUUCAGUCGCACAGGAGCCUAGCCAGGCUGCAGUUGCUAGACCCGAUGCUGGCCAGCCAGAGUGACAGUGAGGUUGUUUCUGCGGUUGGAUCACACAGGGCGUCGAUGAUCAGAAAUCACAACAAUAACUCCCUUACAACGCCGCAGCAUCGUAAUGGAACGUCAAAGUCUUCUGAAAGUGACCUGUCCACAUGCACGAUGCCAGGGACCCGGUUGCCACUCCCCGAGUCACCACGGAGACCCUCCUCUUCCCCUGGUGGUCCACGCAGUGCUCACUCACACCUUUUUGGACCACAGACCUCCCAUCUCAGACCACCUCCCACCCGAGAAAGCCCUCACCUCCAUGGUGUGAAUGGUUUUCAUGGCAACACCAGCCCCACUGCCAGCCCCAGCAUCGUUUCCUCUUCUGGUGCUAUGAGUGUGGGCAGUGGAUUUGGAGGAUUCAGUGGAGGGGAACUCGUUCCAGUGGCCUUGGCGCAAACUGAAGGAGACAGGGGCCUCGGGUUCAACCUGAUGGCUGGUGGUUCUGCUGGCAGGUUGACUGUAGUGGAGAGAGUCUGGGACAGAAAGCGGUGCAUCUCCCUACAGCCAGGGGAUGCUGUUGUCAAGAUCAAUGGAGCUGAUGUCCAGAGUCUCAGCCCCAUGCAGAUUCAAACAAUCCUGCAGGAGCACACAAAGCAGGGAGAAGUUAUUCUGCUGGUUUACAGAGGAGGCACCUAUCACUCAUCUGUUUCUCCUGGCUCUGUUCGGAGACUCCCUCCACCUCUGCUACGCCCUCCACCUCCUCCUGUUGACUCAGACAAUACGUCCUUGCUUCCAGAAGCCCUGCCUGUGCCCCACAUCUCCACCAGCAACCCUUCCUCCCCGCUCCUCACAAGUUCCUGUCUGAUCCAGAGCACCAGUUUUUUGGAGUCAAUUCCAGUGACCCUGACCAUGGAGCCCAAAGACUGGAUCGACACUGGCCUUGAAGACGAGGCUUGCGGUGGUGUACCUGUGCCUGAAGCAAGUCUGGAAAAGCGAAAAGGCGAACGAACACGGCACUUUAGAGGGUUCGACGUGGAACUGAAGAGAAAACCAGAAGAAGGAUUUGGGUUUGUGAUUGCCUCACAGGACUUGGAGAAUGGGAGAGCUAAUCAAAGAGCCAUGCUGGAGAGACUACAGUCUGCUUUGAAAACUGUGAAGGAGUCUAAACCUGUGUCCCUUCUUCCUCACCGUUUUGUCACUGUCCGACGCGGAAGUCCUGCGGCAAAGAGCGGCCAGAUCCGACCCGGAGAUCGUUUAGAGGCUGUAGAAGGCCGUUCAGUGGUAACUCUGCCUCAUCGAGAGCUCGCUCAAAUUCUUCGUAGAGCAGGAAACACUCUACGUCUAACCAUCGUCCCCCGGCCCAGCACCUACUCCUCAAAUCACACAGAAACAGCUGACCAUGAUCAUGGUCACAGGAGCAGAAAGGGUCAGAGGUCACGCCCAAAGCGUGACUCCAGGUACUACAGUGUCGACCUAGAUCGGGGGCCUUCGGGCUUUGGCUUCAGCCUCCGAGGGGGAAGUGAGUACAACAUGGGCCUCUAUGUCCUGGGAUUGAUGGAGGGGGGUCCUGCAUCACGGAGCCAAAAAAUACAGGUGAGUGACCAGCUUGUGGAAAUCAACGGAGACAGUACAACCGGGAUGACCCACAGCCAAGCUGUGGAAAUGAUCCGCCGUGGAGGACACCGAAUCCACCUGGUCCUCAAGAGGGGGAACGGCUACGUGCCUGAUUAUGCCCAUGAGCACAGAAUCACCUCCCCCUCCCUCCUGUACAACCCCAAAGAGCAGGGUCUGGCUGCAGUAAACUCCGCUGGGAGGAGGGGGCGCCGCUCCAACCAGAAGGGGAGAAGCAAAUCAGUCGGAGAUGUGAGAGAGAAUAAGAGGGGAAACAGCAGAGGAAGAAGAAGAAGGCGGGGCUCAGUAGGAGGAGAACGCUUACAGAGCCCCAUCUCCGAGUGGAGGGAGAGGUCCCGGGAGGAUAGGGAGAGGAGGAGGAAAAGGAGAUCUCAGAAUUUACCAAGAGAUAUUAUUAGGAAAUGUGAAGAAGAUUAUGCUGAGACAGUAAGGGGAAGAAGAGGGAGGAACAGACACAGAGAGAGAAAAAGCAGGAGUCAGGAGAGGAGGAGGAUGACAAGGGGGGAGGAGUCUGAACUGGAGGAGCAGGAAGCAUCUACUGUUGAAGAGACGCAGAAGGAAAGAGUGGAGGAACUGGAGGGAAGAGUGGACUUAUUAGAGAGUGAAGAAGACAAAGUUUUCCUACCUAUUCCAAGCCCAAUCCAUAGACUUCCCAAACCCAAGGAGAACUGGGAGGUGAAAACUGAUGAAACCUCGGACAUGGCAGCAGAGUAUAGGGGGUUAAAAAGGGAUGAGGAGCAGGAGAGGUUACAGGACAGGGCUUCAGCAGUGGAGCUGAAUGAUAACGAGCGAAACUAUGAUGCAGAGUCUGUGACCUUUGAGAGGCCUUUACCAGGUGUUGCUUUGGUUGAUCCGAAGUGGCAGAGAGAGUCCUUCUCCUUCCUCACCUCCACAUGGUCUGUGGACCAGCUGGGGGAUGCCGGGUCAGAGUCAGGAGACAGUCAGUCAGACAGUCAGUCUGAUGGCAGCCUCUCUGCCGCCAGUAUUUCAGGUCUUUCUGUGGCUGCCGGGGCGCUGCCGGGCCCGUGGCUCGUGCCGGGUCAGCAGAGUCUGGUUCACUUUGUAGGUGAGGAACACAGGCGGGGCGGGAGGAGGACCAGGCAGAGGGGAAGACGAAGCGCUGUCUCCUGAUUGUCAAUAGAGAACAAAGCAAGCAGUAUUUAAAUGACCCCAGAUCAGAUUCUGUUUCACACCAUUCGAUCUCUACUUGCUUUCUGCAACUAUCAUCAACCUUUUCUCUAAGUCACUUUAAUACCUACAAUAGAGCUCACAUUCUUUGUGCCUUUCUGCCGCUGAUCUCUGGAUGAUGUCAUAUCACAGUUCAGUUUGAACCUCCCCCAACAUUGUAAAUGUCCUUUCAGAGCAUUGUUGCACAUUUAAUUUGAAACCAUGGUAAUUUUCAGCUUACCCUCUGUUAGCCACUCACCCGUUUCAUCAGCUUCUGUGAGUGUUCACUCUCGAUUACGG